AAAAAAAUGUUUGCUAUAUUCAAGCAGUCCAGCAUUUUUGUCACCGUCUGUCGACACGGGUUUUUGCUUAUGAUAUGUGACAUGGUCCGAAGUGGUGAACUGAUGAAAUACCCAAUUGCUAGCGUGAAGAAGCUGAUGGACAUUUUUGGCAGCAACAUCCUUUUCGGUUAUGACAUCAAAUGCGCAUUCGAGAAGAUUCUCCUUCACAGCUCGCUUGCAGAUGACGUGAAGAGACUUUACCUGCAGGGCGUUGUGCCCGCUUUUCACGGGCAUGCGCACAAUCGUCUUUGCCAACUCAAGCAUCAUUCAAAGCACAAAGUUGGUGCUGGCAAAGAAGACUUUGAGACAUGUGAACUUGUUUUCUCUGAGUCAAAUGCACUUGCUUGUGAGAUUCGAAAUGCCACUAACUUCCACCGCCACCAAGCCUUGGAUGAACAUUUCUCUUUUGCUGACAUGGACAGGUAUGCUGCACUAUGUAAGUCCCUCUUUGUUUCUUCGACUCUAGGUUAA